AUGGAUUGGAAGUUGAAGAAGACAGACGAAUACCAAUAUCAUUCAUUAUAUGCCACCAACGGGCACAACAUCAGCGGUCUUUUAUCCCAAGGAUGUGGCAUCGCAACGAAGGUUACCGGAACAGGAAUGUGGCAGAAAGAGUCUAAUGAGGUCCAACACGCCCAUGUCGGUACAUGA